GUUUGUCAGGCAUGUACUAUUCAUCACCACAGCAGGGAGACACUACUUCUAUUCGCGUGCUUUAUAGCACAGAGUUUAACCGCAGAGAAUAGAUUAUAGAGUGAAGUAUAGGAAUAAUUAUUGUGAAAAUGUGGAGUUAUAGUGACGUUCAAUCUCUGUUUUCAAGUAAUAUCAGUACAGGGCUUGUAUUUCUUGUUUCAUUCCUGUUAGUUUAUGAAAUAACUCGCCGCCAUCAUAGAGCACCUCCAGGUCCACAAAGGUGUCCGUUAAUUGGAAAUCUAGGGUCCCUAAUUGGGGGCAGCCCCUUGGAGAGUUUCGCCAAGCUUCGAAGCACGUAUGGGGAUGUAUAUGGGAUUUACCUGGGCUCGAAACUCGCCGUCGUGCUGAACGGGUAUGAGGCGAUACACGACGCCCUGGUGAAGCAGGGCCGGCAGUUCGCGUGGAGGCCCGAGCAGCCUGUCUUCGUGGCCUUGGAGGGAGAUGUGUCCGACUUGGUGUACGGGAAUGGGCCGGAAUGGAAAGCAAAACGCGUCUUCAUAAUGAACGCCAUAAAGGAGCUUUGUCUAAGCAGAAAAGGCUUAGAGCUCGAGAGGUUGAUACUAGAAGAAGUUAACUGUCUCACUGAGAGGCUUGACUUACUCGAGCAAGUGAAUCCAAGAGAGAUAUUAUCUCUCAGCCUUGCUAACGUUGUGUAUAGUAUUUUACAUGGGAACAGGACGGAAUACGACAAUGAAGAUUUUCUGAAAUUCAUGAACUCGUUGAAUGGAGUCUUUAAACGGUAUAUGAGAAACCAGAUGAAAAAUAACCUCUUCCCUUUCAUACUAAAAAUACCAAAACUUCCAUUUGAUCUACACGGUUUGCAAAAAAUCAAAGAUAAUGUACAAACUGGAAAAUCUUUCUUUGCAAAGGCCGGUCAGGAGCGUUUAUCCAACCACGAGGAAGGCGACACAACCUGCCUGCUGGACUACCUUCUCAACAAUGACUCUCCAGUACCGCCAGCGGACUUCUGGAAGCCGCAUUAUGACCUCAUGGCCGCCGGAAGUGAAACUUCCGCUACCACGCUCAACUGGCUGAUAUUGUUGCUGAUGCACUACCCCGACAUUCAGGAGAAGCUGCACCAGUCCAUUUUUGAGGUUAUUGGUCACCAUCCCCCGUCAAUCAGCGACCGAAAUGACUUGCCGUAUGUGGAGGCGACGAUUCUCGAGACCCUCCGAUUUGGCAGCAAUGUGCCGCUGUCCGUCCCCCACUCUGUUACCGAGGAUGUGGCUUUCAGGGGAUUCAUUAUACCGAAGGGCACACUUGUGUUACCAAACCUCGCAUCGGUUCACUAUGACCCUAACAACUUCGAGGAUCCGUUAACGUUUAGGCCGGAGCGUUUCCUGAGCGCGGACGGCAUGGCGGUGGUGCCGUCGGAGAAACUUAUCCCGUUUUCCUUGGGCCCCCGGGCAUGUCUAGGGGAGACGCUGGCGAGGACUGAGCUGUUCAUGUACACGACCAGGCUCGUACAGAAGUACACGUUUGAAUGUCCGGACGGCGAGCGGCUCCCAGGGCUGGGCGGUGUGUUUGGACUGACGCACAGACCACAAGACUAUAAUGUUCGCUUGGUGAAAAGAAAUUAGUGUUAAGCUUCCCUAUGUAAGGGCCCUUGUUGUCGUUGAUCUGGAUACGGGCAAUACUAUGAUCGAUUGCCUGAACUGACAUUCUUUUCUCAAAUAUUUUAACAAAAACAAUAUGACUGGUUAUUUGAUUUUAUAUUUUCAUGUUCUUGAAAUAAAGUAUUUGAACGUA